GAGCGGGGGAAGAUGUCCGGGCGCGGGAAGCAGGGCGGCAAGGCGCGCGCCAAGGCCAAGUCGCGCUCGUCGCGGGCCGGGCUGCAGUUCCCCGUGGGCCGCGUGCACCGGCUGCUGCGCAAGGGCAACUACGCGGAGCGCGUGGGCGCCGGCGCGCCCGUGUACCUGGCGGCCGUGCUGGAGUACCUGACGGCCGAGAUCCUGGAGCUGGCGGGCAACGCGGCCCGCGACAACAAGAAGACGCGCAUCAUCCCCCGCCACCUGCAGCUCGCCAUCCGCAACGACGAGGAGCUCAACAAGCUGCUGGGCAAGGUGACCAUCGCGCAGGGCGGCGUGCUGCCCAACAUCCAGGCCGUGCUGCUGCCCAAGAAGACCGACAGCCACAAGGCUAAAACCAAGUGAACCCGAGAGGUUCAGCGGCAUAUUCGCUUUUCUGGAAAAACCCAAAGGCUCUUUUCAGAGCCACCCACAAAGUCCUAACAGAGCUGAAUUAUCCAAACAACAGUGAAGGCCGUUUUGUAUUAACUACUCAUUUCUUGUUUAAACUUUUUUUAUUUUUGGUUUGGUGAAUUUUUCCAUAUAUUUGUUUAUAAACUUGUGCCGAAACGUC